AUAAAAACAGUGAAAAAUGGAAUACGGUCUGCGAGAAAUAUCGAUAAUUGUCGCAGGAGUGAUACUUGUUUUUUAUUACUGGUCGACUUCAACUUACAGUCACUGGAAGCGCUUGGGAAUUCCGGGACCAAAACCCGCACCACUGGUAGGAAACAUGGGCCCGUUUUUUUUUGGUAAAAAAUCUAUAAAUGAAUUGAUAAAUGAACUGUACAAAAAGUGGAAAAAAGGAAAAUUUUUUGGAAUUUAUAACGCGCGAUCGCCAGUUCUCAUGAUCACUGAUCCUGACUUAGUACGUUGUGUUUUGAUAAAAGACUUUAACGUUUUUCCUGGGCGCGGGACUAAAGUUAAUGAUGACGACCCUUUAGGACAGCAUUUGGUCAGUCUGGAAGGUCACAAAUGGAAAGUUAUGAGAGCUAAAUUGACACCGAUAUUUACUACGGGUAAACUGAAGCUCAUGGUUGACUUGAUGAUCGAGUGCGCGAAUCAUUUUGAAAAGUAUCUUCAGAAUCAGAUUGGAAGCGGUAAAGUACUCGAGUGCCGUGAGAUAGCAGCUAAAUUUACUACAGAUGUUAUUGGCUCUUGCGCAUUUGGUAUCAACAUGAAUGCACUUGAAAAUGAAGACAGUCCAUUUAGAAUAGUAGGAAGAAAAAUAUUCGAAUCGUCUGUUUAUAAUAUGAUUAGGCGAUUGCUGUUUGAUUUCUCGCCUCGACUAUUGAAGCUUCUCAACCUCGUAAAGUCACGGAAAAAUCACACUGAUUUCUUCAUAAAUUCUAUCCGGGAGACGAUGGAAUUUCGGGAGAAAGAGAAAAUUGUUCGUCAUGAUUUAGUUGACCUCUUGAUGGACAUAAAAAAAAAUCAACAUGGAAUCGAUUUUGAAGUAACCGAAGGACUUCUGACAUCUCAAGCUUUUGUUUUCUUUCUCGCUGGUUUCGAAACUUCUUCAACAACAAUUUCUUUUGCUCUAUAUGAGCUGGCAACGUCACCUGACAUUCAAAAAAAAUUGCGAGCGGAAAUUAUUGAAACAUUAAAACAACAUGACGGUCAGUUAUCAUACGAAGUUAUCAAUGAAAUGAAAUAUCUAAAUAUUGUAGUGCAAGAGACACUGAGAAAGAACCCACCGGUUUCUGUAUUGAGAAGAAAAUCAGUACAGCCUUACAAAUUACCCGGAAGUAAUAUAAUUUUGCCUGCCGGUACAUCAGUACAGAUUCCAGUGUACAGUUUACAUUACGAUGAACAGUACUAUCCAAAACCGUCAGUUUUUGACCCAGAAAGAUUUAAUAAAAAUGAAUCGAAACCUCCCCAAAUUUAUUUGCCAUUCGGAGACGGUCCAAAAAAUUGCAUCGGCGCCCGAUUUGCUGCCUAUCAGUCAAAAUUAGGACUUGUGACAAUACUAAGAAACUUCAAUAUCACCCCUUCAAAGUCAACAAAAGUACCAUACAAAAUUGACAAGACCGCCAUCAUCCUAUCAGCUGCCGGUGGAAUAAAUCUUAAAUUUGAACCUCUUAUUUAAUUAAACUAAAAUAUUAAUUAUCAAACCCUGUAUUAUUAUAAAACUUUACUCUAAUAAACUCUGAAAAUUCGGAUUUUAUUCACUUAGAGUCACUUGAAGUUCCGUAGUUUUAAAAAAAAAAGAGUUUUUGUUUUUAGGUAAAGUGAUUUUGGACCGAUCAGAUUCGAUCCGCAUUCACUCCGAAAAUUUUUACGCCGUAUUUACCCACUAAAUAAAUCAAAUAUUGUACGUAAUGUUGUCAUUAAAAGUAAAUCAUGUCACAUGAAUAAUUAAAAUGCAAAGCAUACACAGCUAAAUUCUAACAAGAAUUCCAAGCAGGUCAAGCAAUCAUUUACCUUCAGGAUUAACCCAGUACCCAAACUACCUACUAGAAUCCACUAGUGUGCUCAUCAUCAACUAUGUUUAUAGUAUAACUAUUUAAGCGACUGCGCGUUUAAAUAGAAGGUAUAUGCAUAGUUACCCUGACAACGUUGACGGAAAACCAUUGAGCUUCAACGUAGGCGCGGGAAUGUUUCAGACCUCGCGACGCGUUCGCGCAAGGUGCAUGGUGCAUAAUUCUACCUUUAGCCUCACCUCGAUAAUUUACCACUAGUGCAAUUCAAGUAACAAAUUUAAAUAAAUAAAGCUAUGACACUUUUCCCCACACAAAUAAAUCCCCCAGUAAUUGCUUCCGAUGAUGAGUGACAUUAAUGUGAAGUGAUUAAUCGGGUUAUAAAUUAACGAUGAGAACCUAGAGAAAUUUAGCACACUAUUGUAGAUGGACGUGUGCCAAGUUCGCCGUGUGUGGAGGCUGGUGAAUCGAUCGUUCGAGGCAUCACUGCAGUUGCGGCUUUAUUAUUAUUAUUUUUUUAAAAUCCGUUAUCACUACAAAUGAAACAAGACUCAUUUAUAAACUACAUUACUAACUUAAUAGGUAACUAAUAUCUAAAAUUAAUACAUUUAACAUUGUUACACACAAAUUUAACAAAGAACGAUUAUAUUUUUUAAAAACUUUGCCUUGAUAUAUAGACUGAGUAUGAGGAAUGAGCUUUUGACAUGCAGAAAAGUAAUAAAAGUUUCCCAGAUCACUUUUGCUAAUCAUGAGCAUUUUUGUAACAACAAUUACACUUUUAAAUUUCAAAGGCUAAGCUUUUUUUGCCUGUAGGCACUUUGUUGUCGAAUCUACGCCACACCAAUUUGGUUUUUUUGUGUUAAUAAUUCUAUUUGCCAAUUUAAAAAUAUAUGAACUUCUCUUGUUGGCUUAAUAUCCUUGAUUAAAUUCAAUUGAAUAACCCGAUUGCUAUCUUGCGAAUAAAAAAAUAGUUUAUAUAUAUAUAAAUAUACAUAUAUAUGAAUCAUUUGAUAUGUCCCCAUGUCCUCGUGGGUUUUUUUUCGCCUUCAGUAAAGUUUUUUAAACUCCCUUAUUGCGUCUGUCUCGAGGACGAUGUGACUCGGGAGUUUUAGUGUCACGGUCGUAUAAGGCGAACUCCGUUUACUUGCAGUACAUACAAGUAUAUACGUCUUUACUCUGCUUUCACUUGCAUUACAUAUAUUAAAGUGGCUUCACUUAUUUCAUAUGUAUUUUUUUUGCGCAGCCCUUUUGUUAAGACAACAAACAAAACAGUAUGACUUCAUCUUAUAUAUAAUAUAUAUGAAUUCAAAUCUUUAUAAAGACAUAUUUGCAAGUCGUCUUGAGUGGUAAUUUUUAUUUCCGUUGGCGAUAUUAGUACAAAUGAAUUCAUUCAUUAAUCUUUACACUCUUCUUCCCACGUGUUGACUUCUUUACUUGCG